AUGGUCACCGGCUCAGGAAUGCUCGUCUUCCUUCUUGUUGUGCGACUAUCGUAUACCUGGGAUAUGAAGACCCACGUGUACUUUACUUGCACCCUUUUGGACUAUCGGGUAAGUGACGAGAUGGGACAAACGAAUUACAUCGGUUUUAUCAUGGGGGCCUUUGUUCCACUAGCAGUACUUUAUGGCAAGUACGAGAUUGUUGAGCUUCUGUAUCGCGGGCAACCCGUCGAUAACAAGUCUAGUAGACCUAGUUCUGAUUCUAUGGGUGAAUCUCCUGUUGCACAACGAGCUCGACCAGAAUCCGAGAUUCAGCAGCCCACAGACAAUGAGGGUAUCGAACUUCAAACGCUUGCUAGGUUAGAAGAUCAAGCUAUUCCAGAGAACCAUCAGGAGCAUGGCGAUAUAGAACUCGAAAGUCAGGCCAUAGUUUUCAUGAUACAGUUGAUCUCGGGUAGCAACAUGGAGAUGACGACAGAUAACGAGGCGGACUAUCAACAUAAAAAGUCCGUGCUAUUUAAGCCAAAGGUCGCAAAGAUUAAACUCAAAGAGCUAUUGGCAGAAAUUAAAGAGUCCAAACGGGAGCAACUCCUGAACAGAUGGCUGAAACUCAAAGCUUUCACGAUCCUAACCUCGAAGACAAUGUCAACAAGAAAGCUUAGACUCCUUGUCGGAUUGACAUCAGAAACAUGGGCAUUCCACCAGUGCCGCGGGUCCUUCGCCUGGUGGUUAUGUUGGCUCUGGUCAGGUAAUGUUUACGGGAUUGUGACCAUUUUCACUUCGCGCGCUGUAACAACGGGCCUGUCAGGCAAUCCCAACAAAAUGGGAUUCGGCCAAGUUGUGCCGCUAACUCUGUUGGCACUCCCAAUAUUUGCAGCUAUGGAGAGCCACGCCGGCAAGUCUACUUGUUAUUCUAUCCUUGGGUCGUAUCUGACAAUUGGGGCAGACUAUAAGAAGAAGCUCAAAUCACUGGAGGCAGCCCAUGUUGAUCAGGCGAACCUGGAGAUAUCUGUUACUACGAACACCCCAUCGCACUCAAGGGGUCAUUCUCCGGUGCAGAGACAAAACAUUCGGGCAGAGAGGGAAAUUGCUAGUAUACAAGCCGUCCAAGAGAUCCUCAACAAGAGAUCCAAGGAUAUUGGAUACCCGGAGCUUUACGAUUGGUUGACGGGGGACGAUUUGACCAACGCACCCAAUCUCCAGAUGGCCGUCUGGGUUCAUGUAGCAGUCAUGUUUAUCAUCUCAACUCUACUCGGCUUUUCGAUGGCUUAUGGGAUAGCCGACAUCAAUCUCACAUUGAUCGUACUUCUGGUUGGUCUUGCCGCUCGCAGGAUCACAGGGCUCCUGUUGGUUGAAAAGAAUUUGAGAUCGUUUCCCACAAUCAUUGCUCACCUUGGUUGCGCAGAUCCCUUUCCUAAUCGACCAUAUGGAAGCCACGGUGAGAGGAUGGCAAUAGGGCAGGCGACUGGAGAUGUUGGAGAGAAUGUAGAGAGGGAAGAUGGGCAAGAAGAAGCGUGGACAGUGCUCUUCGACCUGUAA